AAAGUUUGUUGCUCACAGGACACCAUCCUGACGUCACACGCAAACAGGAAGUGCUUCCUGCUUAUCAGACAAUUUAUGGAGUAAAUAUCGACACAUUCAUUAAUUAUAAGUGGUUAACAUGUCUCAAGAUCCCUGGUUACAGAAUUAUGAUGCCACUUGCCGCCUUGUUCAAGAAAUUGCAGAGAACAUUCAUGAAAGAAACAGACAACAGAGGACAAGAGGGAAUCCUGCAAAGAUGAACAUGACACUGCGAGCGUCGCUACAGAAGCUGAAACAGAACAUCAACCAGCUCAGAGAGAGUUUGCUCCGAGUCUCGUCCUCCCGGCGCAUAAUGCAGUCGGAAGCAGAUCGGAGACAGAACCUUGUUGACGACCUGGUCACCAGGGACAAGCAGCUAAAUGCCACGUUCAAGGGUGACGUUACACAGCCAGAGCCCUCGAGGUCGACCCUGAUGGCUGGGGCGGGGGCAGAAGGGGGGGCCGCGGUCAACCCCUGGCUGGUCCACGAGCCAGAGGAGACCAGGGGCCUGGGCUUCUCUGCCAUCAAACAGCAGCAGCAGCACAUCAUCGAAGUUCAGGAUGCUGGGUUGGACGCGUUAGCCGCCGUCAUCAGCCGACAGAAGCUGAUGGGUCAGGAUAUAGGCAACGAGCUGGACGAGCAGAAUGAAAUCAUCGAUGACCUCACCCACCUGGUGGACAAGACGGAUGACCGGAUCCGCAACGAGACAAGAAGGGUUAAGCUGGUGGAGACGAAGUCGGCUUCCUGCGGGAUGCUGGUGGUGAUCGUGCUCCUGCUCAUUGCUAUAGUGGUGGUUGCUGUGUGGCCCACAUAAGGAAGAGGCUGAGGGGAGCGUUUUGGACGUCGCACCGUCCGUGGGAUGACCACUGAGACUGCGUGGAGAGCCUAUAGGGGAGACGAGGCACAGAGGCACUUAUGCGGGUAUGUAUCAAGCGUGCUGAUUUAGGACCAGGUUUGCCUUUUAUAUCCCAAUGAAUGAAAAGGACAUAGACAGGGCAGACCUGAUUCUAGACCAGCACUCCUACACUGAGACGCUUGAUACAUACCUCUGACACACCACCCCUGUGCCCUGUUAAACACACACAUACACUAAUAAUGACACACAGACUCUUCCACCCCACUCUCUUCUCCCUCCCUCUAUAUUUCCCCUUUCCUUUCCCCUUGUAUGAAAACUGAGUGUAUUGUAGUUCUCUACUGUACCUCAACACUUGGAGAGUUGAGCCCUGGCUUAUGAGGAACCAGCAACAAUGUUUUCUUUUCUUACGUGGGUGUUGGUUGGGUAAAGGGUAGCACUGACCCUAAUUCUGUCUGUGGGCUGAGAGGUCCUGGGUUCCGGGUCGCUAAUUCUGCUAGCUUAGCAAUUCACUCACACACAUCUAUUAUUAUAAUAAUUAUUAUAUAUACCCACUAGCGGUUCUAAUGGUAUCAUUUGUCUUGGGAUUUGAUCAUGUUUGUAGGAUAAUGCCAGCCAAAACACAUAACACGUAUGACUGUGUCACUUUUUAACACGAUGCGAAUCAGUUUAGCUCAAUGCAACCUUGUCAUUUCUAAUAAACAACAUUUACAGUUAACAGCACGAUCCAUGGACUCCUUGGUGUAAAGAGUAUAGUGUUACAUAAUAUUGGUAAUCUACUAAGGAUAAUGUACUGUAUCUAUAGCAUACUCUGCAUUCUUCCACCGUGUCAAUUUAAAAGCCUUGCGGAUGCUGCAAAAGGUUGGGAGAUGCUUGCUUGCGUCCGUGUGAACAGUAUAGCUUGGAUCUACACCCAGCAUCCUUUGCCCUCUACUGUACUGCCCUACGUCACACGUGGAGCUGUUGAUAGAAGUGUGUAUGUUUACGCCCAGGACUCCGGCUUCAGAGAUCUAAAGCAGACAUUGAAUGAUUUUAAGACGAUAGAGAAAGAGAGGCAUAAGAGAGUCACAUCAGUGGCGACUUAACAGAGUUUAUUUCAACUGAAUUCUGGAUUUAGUUCUACCAGCUUGGUGUUCAGUAGUUAUUGUUUCCUUCUUAAAAUCACAACCAUCUAAACAACAACAAACAAGUUUAAAAAAAAAAAUUAAAAUUAAAAGGAAAAAAAAGACAGAAUAAAAUCCACAAUGUCUCGUGUCAUUAAAUAUAUCCAUAUAUAAUAACCAUAAUAUAUUAGUACACAUCGUAAAACAAACAUCGCAAAAAAGGUUUCGCAAUGGCCAACACAGCUAAACAACAUUUACAAUUUAAAAAGUAUGAACAAAAGCAAUGUUUUGACAGGUCUGUGGUAGUAAUAUUUCAUCAAAGAGGAGGUCAUUGUCAAUCCAUUGCUUGGAAAACUAAUCUAAAAAAUGUAUUUACAUCAUGGGAAUACAGAGACAUAAAUGGGGGGGGGGAAACGAUUGAGGUUUGAUUAUAUACUAUGUGCCAAACAGAAAUACAUUUACAUUUAAUGUCACGAGUAUGGAUAUAACGAUGAAAGGAAGUAACAUGUAUAUGUAUGUAUAAAUACGUGUAAUAUGUCAUCUGUAUAUUUCAAUACACCAGCACAAAGCAUGUGUAUGUAUGACUGAUCUGUACACAGAGAAAAACGGUACGGAACACAGAUACUGGCAAUCAGACCCUCAAUGUACAUCUAAUUGGUUUGAAAUAAAAGAAAUAUGUGGUUUUAAUUCA